GCGCCGCCCUUGCCACCGCCGCCCUCGCCAAGGCUCUCGCCUCGAUCGAUUCACUCGUCACGCACACGUCGCCGGCGGCGGUGCUGCACGACGCGCCGCAGCUCACCUCCGCGCUCCGCUCCGUGAUCGCGUCCAAGCAGUGGGGGAACGAGGAGCUCUUCGCGGCGAAGAUCGCCGAGGCGUGCACCAUCGCCAUGCCCGCGGACCCGACCAAGUUCAACCCGGACAACAUCCGCGUCGCCAAGAUCCUGGGCUCGUCGGUGCUGGGCACCACGGUCGUGCGCGGGAUGUGCCUCCCCCGCUCCGCGCUCGGCACCAUCAAG